AAAAAGUUGUAGUGAAAUUAAUCUUUGGGUCAUGUGAGAUGCAUGUGGUGAGUGAGAGAUUUUAGUAAACUUGGGUUGGUUAUUUUUGUAGAAUGCAUAAGUGCGUGGGAAUAGGAAAAGAUAGAGCAAAAAACUGGUCCUAUCAUCAGGUGGGGGUAGUUGUACUACACUGGCCCUUUCUUUCAAAGAAAAAAGAUUCCCACUCUCUUUGGUCUCUCCUUCCCUCUUUUCUCUUCUUCUCUUCUCGUUCUUCUCUAUCAAAUUCCAACUAUAUUACUACUGUAGCAUUCAUCACAAAAUUUUUAAAAAGUAUUCCUAAAAUCAUAUAGCUAUAUAUAUAAUUAUUUGUUUUGAGAAUUUUUAUUACUAAGUGAUUUUUGUAACAAGAAUGGCGACGGGUCCAAACAUGGCUACUAUUACAGCUUCUUUGGAGAGAUCUCUCCAAAAUUGUUCUCUUAAUAAUCAUCGUCAGGGCAGCACCAGCAACAGUGCUGCUGGUGCCGCCCUGACAGAUCGAUUUUCUGAUUCUUUGGAAAAUCAUCAUGCCUACAACAACAAUAAUAACAAUAACCCUUCAGAUGAUGCUACUUUAGAACUCAAUUCUGAGAUUUCUCUUCCUUACCAUUGGGAACAAUGCCUUGAUUUGCAGACAGGGGAAAUUUAUUAUAUUAAUUGGAGGACAGGGAUGAAAGCUAAGGAAGAUCCAAGGACAAAUGUUGGUGAACAUGUGUAUGGUAAUGACAAUUUGUACUACUCAGAAGAAGAAGAAGAUGAUAACUCAUAUGAUAGUGAAGGAUCUUCAUCAGAAGAGUCAGCAUUUUCAUCAUCAAGAGAACCCCAACUUCCUAUAAUUACUAAUGCAAUUGGAAAGAAUGCACCACUAGGACCAGGACCAGUACUAGUGGUGGGUGGUUGCAAGACUUGUUUGAUGUAUUUCAUGGUGCCAAAAGAAGUUGAUGAUUGCCCCAAAUGUUGUGGUCAACUUCUUCACUUUGAUCAAAAUUGAAGGGAGGGAGGAAAAAAGAACGAAAAAAACUAGAAGAACAUGAGAUACUAUUUGUUUUGUCUUUUCAUUUUUCUUAAUAGGAGUUUGUUUUGUUAGUAGUUUGUUGAUGUGAUUUUUCUCUAAGAAAAAACACACCAACCAUUAAUUUUAAAAAAUAUUUAUCGUGUGA